CACGAUCAACAGCCGGCAACCUGAAGUUCUGAGGUCUGAACACAAUAGUUCGAGCAGAGUAAAAAAAAGCUCCAAAAUCCCCAAAUCCAACGCCAUCGUAGCAACCCACGCUACUACUCCGGAGCAGCGACCAACACCAACUACCUCGCGUCGCGGCGGCCGCAGAGGAUGGCGCCGCCGCUCUAUCUCCUCCUCCUCCUCCCGCUCCUCGCCUGCGCCGACGAGGUCCCUGACCGCUACGCCGUCCUCCGCGCCCCGCAGGGCCCGGGUGCCAGCGCGGCGGCCAAGGAGUACCUCGACCCGACCUUCCCGCUCCCCGCGCCCCCGCCGGCGGCGCCGUCCUGCACCGUGCCGGUCCUCUCCUACUCCUUCGGCGACACCUACGGCGCCGCGCCGGCCAAGGCCUCGUACGCGCCCCCCGCCGGGUGCCCCGCGCCCUGGUCCCUCGUCGUGCUCACCUUCUCCGCCUCCUGCGCCGGCGACCAGUACGACCGCGUCGCCGCCGUCUGGCUCGACGGCGCCGAGCUCCUCCGGACCACCACCGCGGAGCCGACCCCCGAGGGCGUCCGCUGGACCGUCCGCAAGGAUGUCACCCGCUACUCCGCGCUCCUCCGCUCCCCGCCCGGCGGCGUCCUCUCCGUCAUGCUCGAGAACGUCGUCAACGACAAGUACACCGGGGUGUACAGCGUCAACGUCUCGCUGGAGUUCCAUGGAACUCCGCCGUACCUCUCCGACGCGGCAUCAUCCUCCCCUGCUGGCGUCGCAAGCAACGAUCCCAAGGAACCUAUGCUGCCGGAGUCAUACUUCCAGCCGGCGGAUCUCAUCGUCCCGAUCUCGGAUGUCGCCGGCAACGGCAAGGGCGGGUUCUGGUUCCGCAUCCAGAACGCGUCGGACUCGCACUCCAGGCUCGUAACCAUUCCGUCGAGCACCUACCGUGCGGUGCUCGAGGUGUUCGUGUCCCCUCACUCCAACGACGAGUACUGGUACUCCAACCCGCCGGACAUCUACAUCAGGGAGAACAACCUCACCACGCGGAGGGGCAACGCGGCGUACCGCGAGGUCGUCGUCAGCGUGGACCACCGCUUCGUCGGCUCGUUCGUGCCGUUCCCGGUCAUCUACACGGGCGGCAUCAACCCGCUCUUCUGGCAGCCGGUGGCCGCGCUCGGCGCGUUCGACCUGCCCACCUACGACGUCGAGCUCACCCCAUUCCUCGGCCUCCUGGUCGACAGCAACGCCCACGAGAUCGGCCUCAGCGUGUUCGACGGCAUCGCCGAGUGGCUCGUCGACGCCAACCUGCACCUCUGGCUGGACCCCAGCACGUCGGACGUGCACGCCGCGCUCGGCGCGUACCAGACGCCGCGCCUGAAAAUCUCACGCCACUACUCGACGCGGCUGCUCGAGGGCAGGUUCAAGAUCAAGGCCAAGAGGAAGUCCUCCUUCAGCGGCUGGGUCAAGUCCUCGUUCGGCAACUUCACCACGGAGGUGGAGGCGGAGCUGAAGGCGACCAGCCUGGUGGAGUUCACCGGCGACGGCCGGAACAAGACCGUGUCGCUGGAGGCGAAGCAGGAGACGAAGACGCUGAUCCGGGCGGGCGACACGCGGAAGGUGAUCGGCAGGGUGGAGAGGGAGGCCAAGUACCCGCUGUCGCUCUUCGCGGAGACCGAGGACGGCGAGAACGGCACGUCCGUCGUCACGGUGAGCCUCACCCACGGCCUCAGCGUGGAGACGGAGGUCGAGACGAAGGCCCUCGAGAGCAAGGAGAAGCUCGAUGACGCGCAGGCCGCGCAAGGGUGGAUGGUGCUCCUGGACCACGACGUGCUCAACGGGUCGGUGACGACGACCCAGGCGUACCGGUUCAGCGACGACGAGCGGGAGUACGAGCGGGCGAUCGACGUCGUGGACGGCGCCGUGCUCAGCGACAACGUCACCGAGAGCUUCAGCGCCCUGGCCGCCGCAGCGGCGGACGCUCGCCGCCGCCGGUUCCACGCCGGCAUUGCUGCGUUGUAAGGCUACCUUGGAUUGCCGUGGGAGUUGAGCUGUUUCGUGUCAUCGAUGGCUACGGAAUCCAGGUGAAAUUCGUCAGUUCGAAGAAUUCUUAUGUGCAGGAUUCGUUUCCGACCGCAUCGACGUGACCAAGACUAUUGCUUUUCUUCAGAGGUAAAUUGUGCACUGUAAUUUGUAUUUAGCGUAUAGUUUCUGUAAUCUGUAUUAUGUAUGCAAUUUUGUCGGUGUGAAUCGUCGUUUCUGCUUUUGCAGUUCAAAUUUUGGUUGUGUUUGUCUUAAUAAAAACGAAAUAAAGCUGGAAAUUGCAGAUUACUACUA